AUGGCUGGGGGUGCAAUCUCUGGGGCUGCCACGAAUGCCUCACAGCUGAUUCUUGGGCGGACAAUUCAAGGCGCCGGCGUCGGCGGCAUUACUGUGAUGAGUUCCAUCAUAGUCUCGGACCUUGUCCCCCUUCGUGACCGUGGAAAAUAUAUCGCCAUCACCCUCGUGGUGUAUCUCGUCUGGGCAUCAUCCGGUCCUCUGAUUGGCGGCUCUCUUUCACAAGCCAAUAGCGAAAGCUGGCGCUGGAACUUUUGGUUACAAAUACCAUUUGGUGUGCUUAGCGUUCUCUUUAUAGUUAUGUUUCUUAAGGUUGAGACUAAAGAAGAGGGCGCUACAUUCUGGGGAAAGAUGCGACGCAUAGACUAUGUUGGCAACUUCCUCGUCAUAGGCUCUACUGCCUCCAUUCUUUACGCUCUGACCUAUUCUGGCUCGAAUUAUCCCUGGAAUAGCCCUCGUAUCAUAGCGUCCAUGGUGGUAGAUGUUCUAGGACUUGUCAUCUUUGUAGCUACGGAGGGCUUUUGCGACGGGACUCCUGUGAUGCCUCUGCGACUUCUUGGCCACCGCACCGGAGCUAUCGUGGCUCUCAACACAUUCUCAAGCGCCUUGCUCAAUAACUGGGUUAAUUUCUUUCUUCCAGUCUAUUUCCAAGCCGUCAAACAAUCCACCCCAUUUCACGCCGGUGCUCAGAUUCUACCUUUGAUUAUUAUGGCUGUUCUGGCAUCGAUUGUGGCAUUCAUAGUUGUCAGUAAGUUUGGCAAAUACAAGCUCCUCCAUAUUCUUGGUUUCGCCGGUAUGGCUUUGGGCCUGGGCCUAUUCGCCCGCCUCGACCGGCGGUCAUCCAAUCUUACCUGGAUCAUGACAGAAAUUGCCUUCUCUGCCGGCCUGGACAUGGUUAUAAAUACUCUCCUUCCGGCCUUCCAGGCGGGAGUGCCUGAGAGCGACCAAGCCGCGGCAACCUCUACGUUUUCAUUUUUCCGUGGGCUUGCCAACAUCUGGCCUAUGACGAUCCCGGCCACAAUCUUCAACAACCGCUGCGAAACUCUCUCACAGCAGAUACCUGACGCUAACAUCAGGAGUGCUCUCUCCAGCGGUCACGCAUAUGGACAUGCCACGCAGGCCUUUCUUUCUACGCUGUCGGAGUCGGAACGCUCCGCAACGAUUGAGGUGUUUACCCAGGCGCUCAAAUUGGUGUGGUAUGUUGCACCUGCUUUUGCGGUUCUGAGUAUGAUUUUGGCUAUGGUAGAGAGGAAUCUGCCAUAA